AUGGGGACGGGCUCAGAGCUCUCCUCGGCCAUCAGCCCGGUUAAACCGCUCGCUGAGCAGCCUCGGCGUGUGUCCGUGCAGCCCCCCGGGGCUGUUCGCUGCGGGUACUCGGGGGUGGUGCGGCUGUUUGUACCCGUUCAGUUCCCAGGUCUGGCAGAUGUGUCGAUAUCCCAGGAUAUUCCAGUGGAAGGGGAGAUCACUGUCCCUGUGGGAUCUCAGUCUCCUGAUGAUGAUUACUCCACACUGGAUGAGCCAGUCAAGGACACAAUUAUGAGGGACCUGAAGGCUGUUGGGAAGAAGUUUGUCCAUGUCAUGUAUCCCAGGAAGAGCAGCGCGCUCCUCAGGGACUGGGAUCUAUGGGGCCCGUUGGUGCUGUGUGUCUCCCUGGCUCUGAUGCUGCAGGGUGGCUCUGCAGACAGCAAGGAUGACGGAGGGCCCCAGUUUGCCGAGGUCUUUGUCAUCAUCUGGUUUGGGGCCGUUGUCAUCACACUCAACUCGAAGCUUCUGGGAGGAACCAUCUCCUUCUUCCAGAGCCUGUGUGUGCUGGGGUACUGCGUGAUGCCGCUGACCGUGGCCAUGCUGGUGUGCAGGCUGGUGCUGCUGGCGGGCGAUGGCACCGUCAGCUUCAUCAUCCGCCUCAUCGUGGUGGGGGCCAUGUUCGCCUGGUCCACCUUGGCAUCCACGGCGUUCCUGGCGGACAGCCAGCCCCCCAACCGCAAGGCACUCGUCGUGUACCCCAUCUUCCUCUUCUACUUCGUCAUCAGCUGGAUGAUCCUGACCUUCACCCCCCAGUGAGCACCAUCCCCAGGCACUGGUACAUGGACUGGACUUUCUCAUGGAUGCUGCAGUGAAUCCUUGGCUUUAUCUCUUUCUAAUUUAUAUAUAGGGGUACUGUAAAAAGGCAGGUUGUGGGAUAAAGCCAGAGAGCUGCAAAAAGUGCUCAUUUGUGUGUCCCUCUUUGUGAAAGAUACUGAGCUCCAGCUGCUGAGGGGUUUAUUUAGCCCUGUUCUGUACUGGUGUUAUAUAAACGAUGCCCACUGGGACAGAGGUUGUUCCAUCUGGGGAGAGAGCAGGAGAUCCUGGAUUUUCAAGCUGUUGGGAGAUGAAGUUCGUAUGACUUGGCAGAUUUCCUGCCUGUGCUUGGAUUCUCACUGAAGAUAAAAAUGCCUUAUCAAACCACAGAACUUCACUGCAGUGAUUGUAGAGAGGAAAGAGACGUGUCUGACUCCUUUUCAUUCCCUUGUAGAGUGGUGGGAUGCACACCCAGGGCAUUGUGAGACUGGGGCUUUCCCAGGAAAGGAGAGUUCAGUCAAAACUCGGCUGGGUCCUUUUGCAGGGAAUUGGAGCUGGUGGCAGGGAGUUGCUUUUGCCCACAUCCAUGUGUUGUGUGUGUCCAUCCCUUCAUGUGGCAGGGAAGAAGGUUCCAGCUUGGUGCCUUCAGCACUGCAUCCAUGAGGGGACUGUGGGCUCACUGCAAGUUCCAGACCUGUGACCACAGGGAACAAAGCUCAGAGUCCUGCAGAAAUGCUGAGACUGCUUUGUAGCAGGAGCUGGGCUCUCUCUCUACUUUUGGGAAGCGAAAAUUCCUUGGAAAGUACCAUGAAUGUGUAUGUAUGAUAAAAACAAAGGGUUCUGUGCAGGAAAUCAAGCACAGGAAUUUCCUGUGCAGGAAAUUUGCUACACAGACUGUUCGAGUCUGAAAAACCAUACCAGGGCUUAGGGCCCAAAGUGUUAAAACAGCUUGAAGGAAGGGAAGUAAAUGGUAUCAGAGGUGUUGGUUGCUCUGAAGCAGGAUGUGAAUUCUGCUCUCACCUGCCUUCUGUGUGACUGUUCCUUUGGUUGUUCAUGGGGACAGCAAAGAAAUGUGUGCAAAUGUGCAUUUUGUUCCCUUGUACUUCCCAUGAGAUUCCAGACACUGUUCUGUGGGUUGUUUUGUGGGGUUUUAAUUUUGCUUAAUACUUUAAUAAAAGGGAGGGGGCUCCUCCAGUUUCUGCAGGUUCAUCAUGUACCCCUCCUGGGUACAGGAGUGCAAGAGUCAGAUGUAUUUUGGCACAGACAUUGGGAGCUGGGACUCGAUUCUGGAAACUACAGAAAUGAUUCCUGUUGUCUGUUGUUCUCAGUCAGCAAUCCAUGAAAUAUCUGAGGUGAAAAAGCUGCUGUAAAAUGUCUUUUUUCCUACAUUUGUGCAGACAGACUGAAACUGAGGUCUGUGGUUUCUGCUGAGGUGUGAAUGUGCCUAAUUUCUAAUUAUAUGUGCAAGAGCAGCCUGUGCUGUAAACACUGGCAGUGGGUGGGAGUUGGGAUGGAAAUUGCUGAAUUUCAGAUUAAAA